CCCUCAAAGAACAGAGGAGUCUUUUGUUCUUCUCGUGCUUUUGAUGGUUGAUCUGUUCCCUGCCUUCAUCUCUUCUACAAGGAAAGCCUUUAAAUGAGAGGACAAAGACACAUUUUGCAGCUUUAGAACAAAGUGAUGCAAAUGGAGAGACUGCUUCUGGAAGCGAGGAACUAACGACUUAAUCGAUCUUCAAGAAAUAACUGCAAACUGCCGAAACACUGACUUUGAAGAGGACGAGACGCUGAAUCAAGACAUUCAAAAACAAAGACCUCCACCACCUGACUUUGUCUCCUCUCCUUCUGUGUCACUUUCCCCUUCCUUUUACUCAAAGACCUCCACCACCAGACUUCAUCUCCCCUCCUCCGUGGUCCCAUUUGUACUUUUUCUUCUUGCGUCCCCCCCCCCGACUAAAGCUCAGCCAUGCAGGUGUCCAUCGCCUGCACGGACCACAACCUGAAGAGGGGGAAUGGAGGAGACCACGGCAAGCAGAGCGCCUCCAGCCCCAACGUGGUGAACCAAGCCCGGGCCAAGUUCCGCACCGUGGCCAUCAUCGCCCGCAGCUUCGGAUCCUUCGCCCCCCGCCACAUCUCUCUCAAGGAGUCCACGGGGAAACACACGGGCAUGAAGUACAGGAACCUUGGAAAAUCAGGACUCAGAGUAUCUUGCUUAGGACUGGGUACAUGGGUGACGUUUGGGGGACAGAUAACCGACGAGGUUGCAGAGCAGCUGAUGACCAUCGCCUACGAGAGCGGAGUCAACCUGUUCGACACGGCUGAGGUGUACGCAGGCGGCAGGGCCGAAGUCAUACUAGGAAACAUCCUCAAGAAGAAAUGCUGGAGGCGAUCCAGCUUGGUCAUCACGACUAAACUCUACUGGGGAGGAAAAGCAGAGACAGAGAGAGGGCUGUCCCGGAAACACAUUAUUGAAGGUCUGCAGGGCUCUCUACAGAGGAUGCAGUUGGAGUACGUGGAUGUAGUUUUUGCCAACCGCCCAGACAGUAAUACUCCCAUGGAGGGUGAGUCUGCCAAUUUGUCACUGACUGCUGUGUGUAUCUCUGCAGAGAUUGUCCGGGCCAUGACUUACGUGAUCAACCAGGGCAUGGCGAUGUACUGGGGGACGUCUCGGUGGACGGCCAUGGAGAUCAUGGAGGCGUAUUCGGUGGCACGACAGUUUAAUCUGAUCCCUCCGGUGUGUGAGCAGGCAGAGUAUCAUCUCUUCCAGAGGGAGAAGGUAGAAGUGCAACUGCCUGAACUUUACCACAAGAUAGGAGUCGGGGCGAUGACGUGGUCCCCGCUGGCGUGCGGCAUCAUCACAGGAAAAUAUGAAAAUGGCAUUCCUGAAACUUCCAGGGCUUCCAUGAAGUCGUAUCAGUGGUUGAAGGAGAAAAUAGUGAGUGAAGAUGGAAGGAAGCAACAAGCCAAGCUGAAAGAGCUGAACCACAUCGCAGAGAAGAUGGUGUGCACACUGCCUCAGCUGGCUGUGGCGUGGUGUCUAAGAAAUGAAGGGGUGAGCUCAGUUCUCCUGGGAACAUCCAGCCCUGAACAGCUCACUGAAAACCUUGGAGCCAUACAGGUCCUUCCUAAGAUGACGUCUCAUGUGGUGUCAGAAAUCGACCACAUCCUGGGCAACAGGCCAUACAGUAAGAAGGAUUACCGCUCUUAGACCAGCCUCCCGUCCUCUCCUACCUACGUCAUCAUUCUGUUACCAUGGACCCACCGCUGUUCAAUGUUCACAGUUUUCUCCUUUGGGCCCGACUCGGCUCUAGCCCACUUCAGCCCACUUCAGCCCACUUCAGCUGGAACUGGAAGCCUCGUCCCGCUCAGAUCCUCUCAGGUCAGCUGAGCCAAGAGACGCUUCACAACCUCAGCUUCUUUGCAGCCUCAAAACUCCCCAAGAAACCCUUUCAGCACCUGUCCAUUCAAAAAUAACUAUGCAGAGCUUAGUCUUACCAAUGCUAAUUUAUUUCAAGCGUUACCCUUCAGUUUAUUCAUUUAGAAAUGUAUUUUUCCGCUCAGAAGAGCUCUCAAUAACUUGUGAUUGGCAUGUACAGUUGGGA